CGUGAUCAAACAUCAUAUGACGUCUGAUUUCAGUACAAGAGAAAGAGAAUGCGAGCAACAAUAACACAUUUACACAUCUUGUUUUACUUAAGCACACUUAUUCUGUAUUUUAUUCACGCGCAUAUAGAAAGACAUCUGUUAUCCUGGUGAGUCCACUGGAUUGUUUCAUUGAAUGCAUGAGCGUUGUUGUGCUGAGUGUGCAUGUACGCCUUGACUUAUUCACUUAAUGUAUAUAAAACAACUAGCCUAUAUAAACACACGAGGAUUUAAAUUGAUUCACAACAAUAAAUGAGUUGCCACGAUGUGCCAUAAACAUCUUAGCACACGUGACUGGGAUCACAGACUCAAAGCCUAUGGGGAUUCCCUGUGUGAAUUAGAGGCAUUAAAGUGACAGCUAGGGGGAUGUGCAGAAAUGUGUGGACCGGGGCGCGCGCGCGCACACACACACACACAGAGCGAGAAAGCGAGAGAGCCGACACAAAGCUCCUGUUUCAUUAUAAGGGCGCUGUGGGCUUUAACACCAGAGACCUCACUCAGCUUUUUCUGUUGUCUUGUGGGUGUUUAAAGAUGAUCAGCUCUGACCUGUUGAGCAGGGCAGUGGAGAGCAGCAUUCGUGGUAUGACUACUACAAACAAGGCAAACAAAGCACUGAAGGUGAAGCGAGAGCCAGGUGAGAAUGGCACGAGUCUUACAGAUGAUGAGCUGGUGUCCAUGUCUGUGCGAGAGCUGAAUCAGCACUUGCGUGGUCUGACCAAAGAUGAAAUCCUGCAGUUGAAACAGAGGAGACGCACACUUAAGAACCGGGGCUAUGCUGCCAGCUGCCGCGUCAAACGUGUCACUCAGAAGGAGGAGCUGGAGAAACAGAAGGCAGAGCUUCAGCAGGAGGUGGAGAAGCUCGCCUCUGAGAAUGCCAGCAUGAAAGUGGAGCUUGAUGUUCUGCGCUCCAAAUACGAGGCUCUCCAGAGUUUUGCUAGAACUGUGGCCCGCAGUCCAGUGGCAGCUGCCAGGGGCCCUAUCACAUCAGUCAUAGGGCCCCUCAUACCAGGCAAAGUUGCUGCCACCAGCGUCAUCACCAUUGUCAAGUCUAAAACAGAAGCACGGUCAUAAUGCACAAACGGAGAACAUUUUUUAAGUAUAUUGGUCAGUGUGUAUCUCAAGCACAGGGUCGUUCAUCCUAUAUGACAUGCAAUAACAGUCAACAAUAUCAGAGAAACAAGAUCAAAACUGAAACAGAUAACACUGACAUCGCUCAGAAAAUGACAAAAGAAGCAGAACCCUCUCAGAGCACAUUCUGUUUAACCCUUAAUAAAAAAUGCAUUCUGUUCAUCAUCAUAUGCUACGCCCCUAUAACUUGGUCCAUGAAAACAGAAGGUCACAACUGAGUGGAGGAACUAUGACGUCACCUUUUAGGUUAAUUGGCUGCUAGCAUAAAACUGGUUCCCUCGAUAAAAUCUCCAUAGGAUUUUCGCUUAGGCUUUUCGAAGAUUGCAAAUAAUAAGCUGUGUUCAAACACAAUUCAAUACACAUAUGUUUUGUCCAGCCAGAUAAUCCUCACACGAAAACAUGUCCUAUAGCACUUUUAGAUCUUAAAUGCAAAAGCAAGAAUUGAAAAGCUAACAUUAGGCUAUAAACAGACAACAGAGCCUUCAGGGCGCUCGCCUGUGACUACAGCACCACCCUGCUAAAGACAACUUUUCAAGCUUAUAUUCAGAAAUAUGGUCUAUGACAAAGAUUUACUUUCUCUGCUUAAUAUAUUACAAUCCUAGCUAUAUAUUAUAAACAAAUAAAUACGCAAAAACACAUUUGUAUAGACCAACGUGCCUUUUUAGAUACUGGGAAAUACAUUUUGUU